AUGGAUGCUGUAAAGUUCCUGAUGGUUAUUUUGGUGGUUGAGAUUUUCGAGGUUGAUUUCAGCGAGUCAGAUGCGACGUGGAAGACAUACAUUAAUAAAAUCACCGAAGGUUUUCAGAACUAUCAGCUCUGUGAACAACGCAACUGUACCUGCUAUUACAGAGUUUUGGAGAAUGACCUCUUGCCUUUCCGAGGGGGCGUCUCUCAGGCUUUGCUUUGGGACACUGUUAAUCGCGGGGUUGGUACACACUACCAAGUUAUCAAGAACAAACUGUACCGGCAGAAUAACUGCAUGUUUCCAGCCAGGUGUAGCGGAGUGGAGCACUUUAUUUUGGAGGUGAUUGACAGGUUGCCUGAUACAGAGCUUGUGGUCAAUGUCCGGGAUUAUCCACAAGUGCCCAAAUGGAUGCACCCGAUCCAGCCAGUCUUCUCUUUUAGCAAGACAUCUGAAUACCAAGAUAUCAUGUAUCCAGCAUGGACAUUUUGGGAAGGAGGCCCCGCAGUGUGGCCAAUCUACCCCACUGGUUUAGGACGUUGGGAUCUCAUGAGAGUUGAUCUGGAAAAAUCUGCAGGAAAUUGGCCUUGGGGGAAGAAGCUCCCCAAGGGAUUUUUCAGAGGAUCAAGAACUAGUGCAGAGAGAGACCCCCUUAUUCUGUUAUCAAGAGAGGAUCCAGAACUGGUGGAUGCUGAGUACACUAAAAACCAAGCCUGGAAGUCAGAGAAGGACACACUUGGAAGGCCUCCAGCCAAAGAAGUCCCAUUAGUAGACCACUGCAAAUACAAGUACCUGUUUAAUUUCCGAGGUGUGGCUGCCAGUUUCCGGUUGAAACAUCUCUUUCUGUGUGGCUCGCUGGUUUUCCACGUGGGAGAGGAGUGGCUUGAAUUCUUCUACCCACAGCUGAAACCGUGGGUCCAUUACAUACCUGUGAAACAAGAUCUUUCUGAUCUCGGGGAGCUGCUCCAGUUUGUAAAAGAAAAUGAUAACAUUGCACAAGAAAUAGCCAGGAGGGGGCACCAAUUUAUAUUAGAUAAUUUACGUAUAGAAGAUGUUACUUGCUAUUGGGAGAAACUGCUGACAGAAUACUCCAAACUCCUCACAUAUCAACCGAAAAAGAUGAAUAACUACAUCCAGAUCAUGCGAGAACAGGGAAAGACAGAACUGUGAUCUUGUUCAAGAGCUUUUUUAAAAAUGUUAAACAAAAGUGAUUGUUCUAUUCUCUAGCAUUUUAAUAUUUUUGUAGGAUUCACCAUUGACCAAGUCUUAUCUUUUUGUUUAAGCUUAAGGUGAUGUCUGACUGCAAAGAGGUGUUAGUUGUCACUGGCUUUAAUUGAUUCUUCUGUCAAUCUGUGCAGUGGAACUAACUUAAGUAUACCAUUGCUUAAAUUUGUGAAUUUUCAGAAAAAAAGAGUAUAUGCACAUUGCACAAAAUUGAAUCUGUUGAUUUCAGACUAGCCAGUUUGGAUUUUCGCUAACAGGUUGGUACAUACACCAGCACUACUGUGAAGCUGAAACGUACUACUGCAAAUGUACCUUAUUAAAAUGCAUUGCCGUGUGUUUUAACAGGAAAGUGUUUUAAUUGCAGUCAUAUCAAAGGUACAGUAAGAAUGCUGUUUUUUUUUUUUUAUCAACACUUUACUCAAUAAACUAAAUUUAGUGCUCUAUUAAGGUGAACAUUAAUAAAGAACAACUAGUUUAAUUGUCAAAAAAAAUGUCAGAUUUCCAUCAAGUAGAAAUUAUGGACUUUAUUUUUUUUUCUCCAUAAUUUGUAUUCAAAUAACUUUUUAAUUUUUAAGUUUUUAAUAAAAGAACGUGUUUUAAAACAAACACAGCCUACAUUAUUUGUGUUGGUUUUAGGGAGUGUGAUGUGUUUGGUGUCUUUUGGCUAAUGUAAUCCAUUUUACAGUGUGUUUUGUUUAUUUGAUUGGGAUAAUUACAUUUUCUUCUUUUAAAUAUGUUUUAUUGCAGAACAUAUUUGUAUGUUUAUAGAAAUAUAUGGAGCCCAGGAGGGGCAUGAGAGAGAGAAAAUACAUAUCUCAUGGCCAAGAGAUAGUAAGACUUGUGCACAAGAGAUACAUUUUUUUCUCUCAUGUCUCCUCCCGGGCUCCGUAGAAUAUGUCUUGUAACAAUGUAUAUAUUUUGUAUAGUUACGUUCUGUGUUCAUGUACCGGUGCUUGCCCUGCAAGCACAAGGUGAAUAAACUAUAAA